UUAAAGGAUAAUAGCAUGUCACACCAGAGAACACCUUUUAUGAAAGGAUAACACUGUGUCACACCAUAGAACAUCUUACAAUGAAGGAUAACAUUGUGCAUGUCACACCAUAGAACAUCUUUUAUCAAAGGGUAACACCAAGUCAUAUAAUGAAACAACUUCUACUGAAGUGUGUUUCUUUAUGUCAUAUUUAUCACAGUGGCUUUUUAUUGGUUUUGACUUCAGCAUCUGCUCCUACUUGCAAGUGGAUAUGUAGAUAAAGUGAAAACCAUUAAAAGAAACUGAUAAAUGAAAAAUAAGUUGCUAAGUUAUUUUAGCCUUUGUGAACUUUUCUUCCAGGAAUGAACUGGAGGAAAUAUGUGCUUUUCUGCUGAUAGUUAGACUACAUUAUUGUAGCAGUUUUCCCUAAUCCAUGCAAAUUCAUCACUUUUUUCAACAUAUCAUGUUAUUGGGCUUUCUGGUGAAGGAUUAGAUUUUAUGUAUUGUGUGCACUUCUUACUGAGGUUACUAGGAGGUUGGAAUACUGUAGGGAUUAAUUUUCUAAAAUAAGAGAUUCUGUUGUUUUAAGACAUAACAGAAAACAAUUUCAACAUGUCAUCGGUCAAGCGCUUGGUUUAUGCAGUCAUCCGUUUCUUGAGAGAACAGAGUCAGAUGGAUACUUUCACUCCAGAUGAACAAGAAAGCUUGGAAGUUGCAAUUCAGUGUCUGGAGACUGUGUUUAAGAUUACCCUGGAAGAUACUCAUCUUGCAUCCUCACAGCAUUUGAUAGAAAUGUUCACAAAUUCUAUUCAAAAGAAUGACAUGCUGCCCCUCUCACGUUCUUUACCAGAAGGCGUUGCAAAGGCUGACCAACUGAAGGAUGAAGGUAAUAAUCAUAUGAAGGAAGAAAAUUAUGGUGCUGCAGUGGAUUGUUACACUAGGGCUAUAGAACUGGAUCCAAACAAUGCAGUUUAUUACUGCAACAGGGCUGCUGCUCAAAGUAAGCUCAACAACUUUAGGGAAGCAAUAAAGGACUGUGAGAGUGCCAUAGCAAUAGAUCCAAAGUACAGCAAAGCCUAUGGAAGAAUGGGGUUGGCUCUGACCUCAGUGAAUAAAUAUGAAGAAGCAGUUACCAGUUAUCAAAAAGCACUGGAUCUUGAUCCAGAGAAUGACUCUUACAAGUCAAAUUUGAAAAUAGCAGAACAGAAACUAAGAGACGUGUCCAGUCCUGCAGCAAGCUUAAUGCAAAAUCCUCAAAUUCAACAACUGAUGUCAGGGAUGAUGUCAAAUGCCAUUGGUGGCCCUGCUGCUGGGGUUGGUGGCCUUUCGGAUUUGUCCAGCCUGAUCCACGCGGGGCAGCAGUUUGCACAGCAGAUACAGCAGCAGAAUCCUGAGCUCAUAGAGCAACUGAGAAAUCAUAUCCGGAGCCGAUAUUUGAGUGGCAGCACUGAAGAACAUUCCUGACUUCAAUGAGUCACAUUAAUUGGAAUGAUGUAUAACCCCAAAAUGCAUACCAUAGUUAGUAGCAAAAGCACCAUUGUAACUCUUCUGCUUGAAUAGAAGACAGAAAAUUCUUUGUGUGUGUUUGCAAACAAGAAUAAAUCUGGUAAACAGACCUCUUGCACAUAACUUGGAACAUAGCGUUUAUGUGUAGUUACUCCUCUGAAAAUCAAUACACUGAAUAAGUGGUUUAUCAAAAUCCCCAAGUCCCAGUCAUUUCAGUAUGUGCAUCAGAUUGACCUCCAGGGCUACUGAGUGGGGAGUUUUGUAGUGUGCUGAUCUUGCCUAAUAGCUACUUCUAAAAUGAUAGUGUAGAAGAUGUGUUACUCAUAUGGUACAGAUUGUGAUGGCUGUCCUCCUUUAAACAGUAUUGAAAUACUGAAAUAUUGAAACAAUAGGCCCAUCUGAUGUGCCCUUUUAUAAUGAGCAUUAAGUAGUGUUGGUACAGAGAGUACUUAAAACUCAUGCUUGAGAAGUCUGUUUCCUUAAUCCUGUGGAGGGGCCUUCAUGAGUAACAGGAAAUACUUUACAACUUCAUUGGGCAGAAGAGAGGGAGAUGACUGCGUAUGAAGGAGUAGCACACAUUGUAGAGAAAGAAAAGACAGUAAUUCUGUGUAGGAUAAUGCACAGAAAUCAAACUUGGAUUGGAACUUGGCUUGGGAAAGGAAAAGUUGUAGGGUUUUCUACUGCCAUGUAUACUCUCACAUCAUGAUGGUAGCCCUGGAGGUCAGAAUUAUGGCUCUAUGUUCCUAGGCAUGGCAAGCUGUAUUACAUUCCGUAUGUAUGCAGUAUUUAAUAUAAACGUAAAAUUCUUAACUGUAAUAAGCUAAAACUGAGCCUGUGACUGUACAAAUAACUAGUACUGAAAAUUUUAAAAAAGAACUGCCUUAGAAGGAUUCUUUUUCUAUCCUUGUGUGAUAAAUCACUGGCUUAAACAAUUGGGGAUUUUUUUUAAUUACAUAUAUCUAUCUAAAAUGAUGGUUAUAUAGUCAAGCUAAAGAUUUUUUGACUCUAUAGUAUUUGUUUCUUGCUCAGUUAAUAUCGCUCUUGCAAGACUGCUGCUCUUCUGUACGUCUAGUAUGUUAACUUUUUUUACUCUGUUUACUGUUCACACUGCUUUGUAAUAUAAAGUACACUUGUUCUUAGCCCAGGGACCUUCUCAAUAUACUUUCUUCUUCCCAUAUCUAAACUAAAUUGAGGAGCCUGCUUUGAAUUUUUAGGCAAAGUGAUCUCUCAUGGCCAGUUAGUCUGGAGGAGUAACAAUGGACUCCCAAAUGGAGAAAUACACAGAAACUCCUGAACCUUGGACUUUAUAUCCAAUUGACACUGUGCUCAUAAAAGAGCUCCUCCAGCAGAAGCAAAUGCAAAAUUUGGGGCUAAGUAAUAUACCUGAUUCUAACAAAUUACUGUUGUACAUCUACGGUAUGAAUCUUACCCUACUAAACCAGACAGAAAAAUGCUGAUCCAAGGAGAAAUGAAAGGAAUUGGAGAAAACACAAAUCUAGGAAAUCCAUAUUACCAUCUGUUGAAUAAAGAGGUAAAGCUUAAUACAUAAACAAUUUUAAGACAUUUCAUACUUUAUUGAAUAGCUUGUCUAUGUACAGCAUUAAAAUGCUUUUGAAAAUUCUCACUGAGUUGGUAUAGCUGCUUUCUUCAGGUUGUAGAGAUACUUAGGCUUUACAUUAAAUACAUUUUCAAGUAACAGCUUCUGACUCAAUAUCUGAUGACAAGAAAGAGAAUCCCUAAAGGGAUCCUUUGUCAGAGGUAGCUCAGAUUAUGAAUAUUAUUUAUUCAAGGAAAUUUAAUUAUGUUUAAUUACACUGUGUAGGACAGGAAUACCAUUUAGAAGGAAGCUUUAUGGAGGUGCUGGGUGGGCUACAAAAAGUGUACAGGUAUUACUUGGAAUAGUGUGUUGUGUCAGGAGAGAAGCAUUGUACCUAUCAUGUUAAACUUCACAGUUCCUUUUAAUUCUCUUUCAUAUCUUCAACUGCCCAAAGUGUGUUUCACUAACUUUGAUAGGGGGAACCAAAAAAUCCGUGGUGGAGUGGGCAGCUCUGCCAAUAUCUCUGUACAAACGCAAAUUAUUCUCACUUUGCAAGAGCAAUCCUCAUGCAGUUACUUUUCUGCUUUGAGACAGUGUCAAGAAUUUAAUGAGAGUUCCUUAAGAGCGACAAAGUAUGUUAAGAUCCAAAAAGGGCAGAAGAAGUAGUGUACUCAUACUGUUAAGUACAAGCUCUAUAACUUACUGGAUUUAUGGGAGAACAAUCCCCAAGGUUAAAUGGAAUGAAGCAUUGGUUAGUUACCUGAAAACUACUCUUGAAGUCAUCUUCAUGAAGUUGUAACUUUCACUUCACAUGCUACAAUAUUGUUUAGGUUUUACUUCAGAUAAUACAGAGUAUAUAUUAAAACGUUAACAGCAUUAGCUAAGCCUUCAGGAAUGUACUACAACUGUCUGGCACAAUACUUUACUAGUAAACAUUCUCUAUUUCUUAUGUAUUAACAGAAGGGGCUUUAUAGCCUAAACAAAAAACAGUGAAACCAGUAACAGGAGCUGUCAUUACAUGCUUUUCCACUGAAACCAUGAACAGAGAGAUCAUUUAUGCUAAAGUCUGCUUUCCUUUGAAUUGCCUAGAUUGUUUCAGUCACGCAAUAUGUCUUAAGCACAGGGUGUGGAAGGAAUCUUUUCCUGUGUAGUAACUGCACUGUAUCUUGUGCUAAAAUUUUUCAUCCUGAUUGAUAGAUAAAGUGGUAAACCCACAAUCCCUCUAAAUAUUGCUUUAAUUUAAGAUCAAUUGCAGUUUAUCAUUCAACUGAGCAAAUCCGCAUUUACACCUAAUUGGUUUUGUAUCAUUAUUGUUCCAUCAGUGUGUAAGUACAAUAAUUUGUUAGAGAAGAAAGUAUUUUGCAAUCAAUUGUGAACUCCUGUAACCUGCUUGCAUGGGAGUAUAUUCUUCUAACAGUGAUCAUAAAGACACUUAAAGAAAUAUUCAGCUUAGAUGUUGUUUUAGUUGCACUCUUGGUUUUGUAACAAGUGCAAAGUAAAAUCACUUAUGCAUACUGAUAUAGAACUAGCUCUGUAACUUUGAGUAGAUUGUUUUAUGGCAACAGAAAGUUUUACUGGCAUAAUGCAACUUGUCUACUAUUUCUGUAUCUCUCCUACCUCUUACUGCCAUGUGGUUACAUCUCCUUCAAUUUGUGUAGUUUAACUCAAAGAUAUAUUAUAAAUAAAGUUAUAUACUUUUUUUUGUCUGUA